GAGAGAGAGAGAGAGGUGGGGGAGGAGGAGGAGGAGGACAGAGAGAGCACACACACACACACUCUCUCUCGACUGCUUGACUCGGACCAUCACCAGCACCAGGAGGACAAGACUGCAAGCCACAAUGAACAAGCUUUACAUCGGCAACCUCAGCGAGAACGUCUCGCCGGCGGAACUGGAGUCGCUGUUCAGCGAGAAGAAGAUCCCGGUGUCGGGGCAGUUUCUGGUGAAGGGUGGCUACGCGUUUGUGGAUUGUACGGACGAACAGUGGGCGAUGAAAGCUAUUGACGCCCUGUCUGGAAAAGUCGAAAUCCACGGGAAAUUAAUCGAAGUUGAGCACUCGGUUCCUAAAACGCAAAGGAGUCGCAAGAUCCAAGUUCGGAACAUCCCUCCCCAAAUGCAAUGGGAGGUCAGUGAAGUUUUAGAUGGCCUGCUAGCUCAGUACGGGACCGUGGACAACUGUGAACAAGUGAACACGGAGAGCGACACGGCAGUUGUGAACGUGACCUUUGGCAGCAGGGAGCAGGCCCGGCAAGCCAUCGACAAGCUCAAUGGCCACCAGCUGGAGGGCUACUCGCUCAAGGUGGUCUACAUCCCGGACGAGAGCGCCGGGCCUCCCCCCGGUCGCCGGGGGUUCCCGGGCGGCCGUUUCGGGGGCCGCCAGCCCGGGGGGGCCGGCGGGCAGGCGGCAGGAGGAGGCGGGGGUCUGGGCGUCGGCGGUGCGUCGGGGGGGCCCGGGGGACCGCACGGCGGGGGCCAGUCCGGCGGCGGGGGCCGGCAGCAGGGCGAGGUGCCGCUGAGGAUGCUGGUGCCGAGCCAGUACGUGGGCGCCAUCAUCGGCAAGGAGGGGGCCACCAUCAAGAACAUCACGCAGCAGACGCAGUCCAAGGUGGACAUCCACCGCAAGGAGAACGUGGGCUCGGCAGAGAAGCCGAUCACGAUCCAGUCGACGGCAGAGGGCAGCUCGGCGGCGUGCCGCCUCAUCCUGGAGGUCAUGCAGAAGGAAGCGCUGGACACGAAAACUGCCGAGGAGGUCCCGCUGAAGAUCCUCGCUCACAACAACUUCGUGGGUCGUCUCAUUGGCAAGGAGGGGCGCAACUUGAAGAAGAUCGAGCAGGAUACCAACACCAAGAUUACCAUCUCGCCGCUGCAGGAGUUGACCCUGUACAACCCGGAGCGGACCAUCACCGUGAAGGGCUCCAUUGAAGCCUGCUCGCAGGCCGAGGUGGAGAUCAUGAAGAAGCUUCGCGAGGCCUACGAGAAUGACCUGGCAGCCAUGACGCAACAAGCGAAUCUGAUCCCAGGCCUGAACCUCGGAGCCGUGGGCCUCUUCCAGCCAUCGAUGCCGAUGGUGCCACCGCCGGUGGGAUCCGGAGGCCCCUCCUCAUCCUACAUGGGCCUCAUGGCUUGGCACGCCGCCGCGGCCCCGGGUUCUGCCCCGGGUGUUCCGUCGUGCCCCCCGUCGGAGCAAGAGACGGUCUUCCUGUUCAUCCCGGCGCAAGCGGUGGGCGCCCUCAUCGGCAAGAAGGGGCAGCACAUCAAGCAGCUGUCUCGGUUUGCUGGCGCCUCCAUCAAGAUUGCACCAGCAGAUACGCCGGACUCCAAGGAGAGGAUGGUGAUCAUCACGGGCCCUCCUGAGGCUCAGUUCAAGUCUCAGGGCCGCAUCUACGGGAAACUCAAGGAGGAGAACUUCUUCAACCCCAAGGAGGAGGUGAAGUUGGAGGCGCACAUCAAGGUGCCCUCGUCGGCAGCCGGCCGGGUCAUCGGCAAGGGCGGCAAGACGGUGAACGAGCUGCAGAACCUGACGAGUGCCGAGGUGGUGGUGCCACGGGAUCAGACGCCAGACGAGAACGAUCAGGUCGUCGUCAAAAUCAUCGGCCACUUCUUCGCCAGCCAGACGGCGCAGAGAAAGAUCCGCGAGAUUCUCCACCAGUUUAAGCAGCAGCAGUCCCGACCGGAGCAGUCGCAACCCCGCAGGAAAUGAUGUCAUCGCAGAGGCCCAAGAGGACAACGGGGGGGAAAAAACAGCAAAACGCCAGUGAUGAUGUCUUCCCUAUAUUGAGAAGCCAGUAUUGAUUAUUGCCAAUGUUGUCUUGUGUUCCAUGGAAUGUAACUAUUGGACAAAUUAAAUUGUUAAUGCACAGGGACGUCGAUCGCGGGCGUGGAGUUGAAAGAGCGGGGAGCAGUAAACACAGGUAGCUUAGGGUACAGGGGCAUGCACAUUAGGUGUCCCGUUGUCGAUGGAAGGCGACGGGGGACACGGGACUUAAUUAUUACUAUUUUAAUUUUUUUUAACGACAGCUUUUGGGGAAAACCGAAGCGGGCUAUUAAACUGUGCUCUUGAGAGUGCCUGCUUUUUUGUCGUGCGGCCGCGGCCGAUAGUAAUCGUUGCCGAAGCCCCUCGGCGCAAGAGAGCAGUUUUAGCGGUAGAGGCGUUUGUCGAAGACACUGCCCGAGCUUUGCGUCGUUCGCGACCGGCGCCCGCGUGGGCUUGCGGAGCGGCGAGCGUCGUUCUCCCUCGAGCGGCGUGGCGCGAGGCGGCGCGACAAGGGAGGCGACAUUUUGCGCGCCGCAGUUUGCCGUGCUUCGUGCACGGAGAACGUCGCGACGUCACGCCGCAACCCAAGCGGCUGAGAUCAGAGAAAAAAAUCUAUAAUACUCUAAGGCACACGAUGAUUGUAUAGGAUUUUAUAUAUAUACACAAAGCUCCGCUAAAUGCCUUGCAAGUAUUGGCACAAGAGAUUUUGUUUUUCUGUUGCUCGUGCUCUUCGCCUUUCCCUUUCACAUUCCAUGGAAUCGUUUUUAUCGCGCAGUUUCCCCCGUCGAAUAUUUCGAGGGGACGAAAUUGCACGCGGCUUGAUAUUUCUUCGUAAAACAUAUCAUUGGGCGCGUUUCCGAAAUUGUGCUUGCGCUGGCUUCUUUGGUAAGCCAGCAAAGUUGUAAAGCUUUUUCUUUUUAUUAGAUCUGAAAAGGGUCUGAAUUGAUCCCUUAAAUGCGUUAUUUUGCAUUUUUAUGAACACAAAUGCAAAACAGGGCUUUCUUGUAACCGUUAGGGUUAAGUUAGUUGAAACGUGGCAAAGAAAACCUAUUCAAUUUAACAGAACUGAACGCGAUGAACCUUUUAAAGAGUUGAUCGAAACACUGCGCAAUAUUCGUGUCAUGCUGGUUUUGUAUAGUUGUCCUCACCGCAAGGGGUUACAUUAAACUGCUCUCUUUGGAUACAGCUGCUGCAAAAAAAUUCAAGAAUUUUAAAACGCCGUAUACUUUUAGCUGGCCGCCAAUAUGUUAAAACAAAACACAAGCUAUAAUGUAAUGAUGAGGAAAUAAUAAUGAUAAUACAUUUUUUUAGCAUAAUCUACCUCAGGCAUAUUUAGUACCUCAAUGUAUUUCAUUUUUUUAGUUAUUUUGUAUGCUUUAUAUGAAAAAUAAAAAAAAUUAAUAGACUUUAUAAUGUUUUAUUUUUUUAAUAAAAUGAGAAGUUUGCGUUCAUUGAUGAGGAAGCUUGUUGGUAGCAUUUUGAAGGCGGUUUGCCUUCAGGACUUCCUGUCAAUGGAUCCACGUUUGGGACGUUUACUCAUUCAACUCAAAUUUAUCAAGGAAAUUGUGUGGCAGAGAUCAGUAAUGAUCAACGGACAUUUUGUUUUGCCUUUAUUAUUUUUCUCAUCCACCGUUACAAAUUUUAGGUUGAACUUUUAACUUUUUUUCAACCUCAAUUCUUCUGAGGUGUGUGUGUGUGCGCUGAUGCUAGUUUUGUCGAGAUGUGGGGAAGUUUAAAGAUGGGGGGGGGGAGGGAAACUAAAAGAGAUGAUAUAUAUUAAACUACAAGAAAUAACGCGAAUCGAUUUGGAUUUGCGUUGUUGCUGAUGGUGCCAGGUUAGGUUUUAAAAAUAAAUUAGCGCAUGAGAGGGAGUGAAUACGCACACAUAAUUGUUGGUAAAAAUGUCGUGAGAUGAUGCUACGGAUUUUUUUUUUUUUACGUGUAGUCGUAUUUGUGAUACUUGGAUUGCGGUGGGAAACUAAACAAAAUAUUGUUUCCUUGCCCAAUCUUAAAAAAAAAUGACAAAAAUGACAAAAAAAUCCCAGAAAACUUAACAAAAACAACUUGUGUCGUUACAUGAUGUUCACCUUAUUUUUGUCCGGAGAUUCCAUGUGCAUCAAGGGUGCUGUAUGUGCUGUGGUAAGAAGAGGUGGUUUUAACUUUACGUUUCCACAAUACAGGUUUCAGGCUUGCGAACUUAACUGUGACAAUACUGUGCCAGAACCUAUCACGGAUGAGCAUCCUCCUCACAAACUUAGUGAAUUCAUCCCAUCCAUCUCCCUCACUUGCUUCCCACCCCCUGCGGCCUAGUGACCGACCCAGGGAACGUGCACCUUAUCUGGGCAGCGUUCUAGGCAAGGUCAGUGGGGAUCCUUGUCUGGAAAAAAUGUUUGAAUACAUGUUAAUGGUAAUUUAGGUCGUGAUAUAAGAAAAAUAUAUAUUUGGCAUUAAGCCCUGCAUCACUUAAAAACAAGCUUUAGUGACAGGUGGCUGGCCCGUGGUUUCCUCUCUGGCGAUUUCACGGCCGUUGCGAGGGGUGGUCAUGGAAGUCUUGGCUCUGUUUUAGAAAAGAGAGCCAGAUUGCCCCAUGGCUGGAACGUUUGUGACAUUAUUGGUUCGCUUACAAUAUCUGGAAACCCCACAUAGCCCUUUUCCACUGGCUCAUGUUAGCUGAUCCACUCCCGGUCUAGGUGAGUUUCCACUGGAUAUUUUCUGAGUCGAGCUAAAAUGAAUUUGCGAAACUGGCCACACAUCUCAAAUCUGGCUCGGAGGGGGGGGGGGGGGGUGGACCAGGGCCAGGGGUCGGGUUGAUAAUUUUCAUCGCACUCGUCUAUUGCAUGAUGACGUGAAUGCCACGACUUGGGUUCUCCCAUCAGAAAUGCAACAAUGACGCUGCCUGGGCUGUACCGGGCUCGAUCGGUGUAGCCCCGAAUGCAACUCGGUGGGAAAAAAAAUGAGAGAUAUUGGAGGAGGCCCUGGUUUUGUGGUUCGUGUAGAGUUCAGUUGCAGGCCACUUGCAGCUGGUUGUGAGAACGUAGCAUCAGUUUCCGGGAAAGCCUCGUUGGGAUCACAACCCUACCGUUGUGGCUUUGAAAAUGGCCGUGGUUCCGGAAACACGGUCUGCACGUGGCUAAGUUGAAAACAAAACUCGUGCGGAAAUGUGUCCCGGAUUUUUAGUUUUUACAUUUUUAUAGGAUCAAAAUGAAAUACAUCACAAAACGAGAUGAGAUCAGCAAAAACGUGUUUAGUGUUCGAUAAUUUCCCCCAAGUCCUUUUCCCAUCGUCAAACGUAAUUUUGCAUUGAAAGUUCUAAUUAGCAUCGAGUAAAGCUAGAUAAUGACCAUUUACUUAUCAUACCUAUGUACUGGCAGAUUGUUAAAUGGACCUCUAACAUCCAUUUUUAGAGUACAUCUUUGCUCCCCCACCUCGUUAAUUAGUUUCAGUAACGACUGCUAAAAUAAUGAACGUAAUCUUUCUCGUGUAUAUUUGAUGCUUCUGAUUAAUCGUAGAUCGGUAGCCCGUAUCUUAUGGGGAAAUCGUGUUUGGUUCAAGAUGGGGUGGGGGGGUGUUUCCUUUAUUUCACUCAUAAGUUGUGGAUACUCCAGAUUUCCUGCAAGUCAAGUAGCCUGCUUUGAUCAAAUUCAGGAAACAGCAAAAAAAGAUGCAUAGUUUGGGGGGGGGGGAAAACUAAAAAAAUCACAAAAAAAAAAAAACCCUACCUCUUCAUUCUGCCGAAUGAUAGCUUUUGAGUUUGAUAUUAUUUUGCUGUUUUUAUCUAUUUCCUCUGUCUCAAGAUUAAUCAGGUUUUAUAGUACCCAUGGCAGUGAAUAUUUUGUACACUGACAAAACGGUAACAUUUUAAAAAGCUUUAAUCUCCGCUUGUAGAUCACGUAAAAUCAUGUAUACAUUAUCGCAGUAUAACCUUCCUAUGCUUUUUGAUCACAGUGAAGUUUUUUGAGGAGAUAAUACUAAGAAUUUAAUGUCGACAUUCUCUAGAAAUUGCAUUGCUCUCGAUUACUAACAUUUGAUAAACAGUGAAGUUUUUCGUUUUUUUAAAUAUACUCUAUACCAAUCUAGCAGCUCAGCUUAAAUGUAUGUGUUCAUGGUGUUUGCAGACUUGGUUGCAGACCUAUUUGAGAAUUUAACUACAACAAAAAGCCCGAAAACAUUUUUUUACCAACAGCUACACAUCACAACUUCUACGAGUAUCACAUGACACAAUGAUUGAAAGUUUGCUCAAUAACCAACUCUCUUUAUUUGUCAACGUUUGCUUUUAUUUUCUUCGUUAAUGCCCUGCACAUUUGUUGUGUCACGUUAAACGUUUGCCCAGUGUUCACACUACGUGGAACCACGAUUGAUAGAUCACAUGCAUUUUGGUUCCACGCCUCAUUUGGCUCUGAGAAUCGAAGCUUAUCGGUUCGACGUCGUGCAAAGAACAGGGGCAGAGAGUGUGGAAGAGGGCUGCUCCCCUGAGGUGUGGACUCGAGUCAUGUGACUUGGACUCGAGUCAGACUCGAGUCAUGAAUUUGAUGACUUCAGACUCGACUUGGACUUGCAUAACAAUGACUUUGUCCCACCUCUGACGGUGUGGACUCGAGUCAUGUGACUUGGACUCGAGUCAGACUCGAGUCAUGAAUUUGAUGACUUCAGACUCGACUUGGACUUGCAUAACAAUGACUUUGUCCCACCUCUGCUGCUCCCCACCUACUGUGGUGGAACGAAUCUUGGAUGUAUCUCUCAUCGGAUUCCGUGGUGCUGUUCUGUUAUUCGAAGGGUUACACGCAACGCGGUGCGAGAGAUUCAAACGGGCAACUUCGUCGAGUGACAUUAACACGAAUAGAGUUGCAUUCGGCACUGGACGAAACGUUAUUGUAGAAAGUGCCGCUAUGAAGCCUAUUAAUCAUGCACCCCAUGCUCACCGAUGUUUCCCCCCUCUACCGAAACAGCGUUCUGAACACUGCCAGAAAAAUUACAUUCGGUGUUCUGAGAAGUGCACCGUCGUUGAAAGUCACAUUUACACCACUGGACAAUCGAAAUAAAAUUGGGCGAAUUGGCGGCAGCAGUCGUGACAACAACAAAACUUGGCCAGCGUGAACGCAGGGGCUGGAAGGUUUAACGCUUGUGGGGCACUGGGCAAAAAGAGAAUAAUAGUGGACUGCUAUGACACCCCUAAGGGGAAAGAACUCCUCUGCAAAUGUCUUGCUGAGUGUGUACAAAUUGGCGCUCAAUCGCAAGUUAGUGUGUAAUCUUAACAGCUCACGUGACACGCACUGGGCAGGAAUAUUGAGGUUAGUCGGUUUAACGCUGAAGACUUUCGCUACCAAUAUCCAUAAUAGAGGUUGUUUUUGGGUUAGAUUGCGUGAGUAUGAAUGUCGUUAAACCCGCCACCACCCGACACAGCUAAUUACGCGACAAACCUUACUAAUCGUCUUGUUGGGUGGUGGCAGGUUUAACGACACAUUUAUAUUUACACUAUCUAACCCAAAGAAAAAAACUAUUAUGCAAGAAUAUUGAUCCUACCUCAUCAGUGUUACUCUCUUUCAAGUGUUUGAAGGGUGUUAUGUUAUUUUUUUUAAUGUCCACACUUUUUUUGGAGUUGUAUUUUUUUAGGAGUUAAAUGUAUUUAACUGAAUGUUACUAACUGAUCAACACUGACUUCAGUAGCUGAGCGAGAAACGUAACAUUGACGAAAACUAAUUAGGCAUUGACUGGUGGAUUUAUAGCAGGAGUGGUAACGACUUCUACAGGUCUUUCACUUGAAUAGUUUCUUAUCGGUAGAUACACACAGUUGCAUUUGUACCCACGUAUAUACCUUAGAUCGCGCAUACAUUUCCAUUGAUUUAUGAUGCAAAAACUUGUUCAAAGCACCGAUGAAACCUUUACCAUGUUGAUAUCCGAUUACAAAACUAAUUUUCUCAAACGGACUGCCAAAAACAAAGUUUCCCAAACUUCAUUUCUUACGAUCCUCCCUCCCCCCACUCCACCACCAGGCUCCGUUAUUGCGCGUUCACCAAUUUACUGCACAUUCCAAUACACAAAAUAAGUAUAACCCGUAAAAACAAAGUUUUUCACUCUAAAUCCUUUAUAUGCGUGGCGGCUAGAGUCCUCUCGUCCUCUGGCUUGAGAUGGCUGCCACCUAUAGGUCAGAUGAGUGUCUGCCAGUAUUAAGCAAUUGGUAAUUAAAUAUUUAAUUUGUUUUCCCUAAACAGUGUAAAAUUUUGGAAAAAAAAUUUCACGAACAUUAAUUGUCUCGCACAACGAGUCUGUGUGCAAAAUGUCAGCUCGAUUGGAUAACGGGAAGUGGGUUAAAAAACGACCGAAAGAUUUGCACGGUCGUAAGCAAGCAAGCACGCAAGCAAGCGAACUUAAUAUAAAGGAUUUAAUAACGCGCUGCGCGCCGCCGAUGAUUGUUCAACACGUCCGACGUGAUACGCUAAGCAAGUCACGCUGUCUGCGUCACGUAGAACACGUGUACACACACGACGAGAUCUAAAUCUUCAUUUGGAUCGGCUCGAUGAACGCGUAACGUGGGACGCGUUUAACAAUAAUCGGGCGCGUGCAUACGGAGAACGAUUUAAUGUUGUCUUUGAAUGGGAAGAAUAUAUUGGCAAACGGAAAUAUGUAACGUGGUGGUGGUGGGGGAAGAUCGUGAGGACUGGAGUUGGGAAACUGGCCUAAAACAUUACUACCACCCAAGAGCAAACACGCAUUUACAGCUGAAAGUUUGAGGAUUUGGAGCUAGAUUUGUGGUUAUUUUCAAAUAGAGCAUUACAAUAACUGAAGGUUGUGUUUUUUCCUUCUCUUUACCUAUUCCGUAUAAAUAGUAGUAAUAACGCUUUACAUAGUUAACAGUGAUGAAGAUCGGGUCUCUAAUGACUCUUAAAGUUUAUCUGGCGUCUGUAAGGUUUUCGUUCCCUCUUGACGGCGUUGUCUCGUGGUUCACAUGCGAGGUGGUGGGAGGGCCGGGGUAGUGGUGGGGGGCAUGAUAUCGAUCACACGUGUGAUUAAUCGACACCUUGCUUAUUUCCAAACGUGUUCCCGUUACAAUUGUGGAGGAAAAAAUACAUGGGGGUUGGGGGGGGAUAGCCGCGCUCGCUCGGCACCCAACGAUCGAUUGGUUAAUCGAUGAACCUCCCAUUCUUUAUAUUCACGGUGCAUACAUUGAAUCACGCUUGAGAGAGACUUGAUAACGAUUUGGAGCAAAUUAUAUGCAAGAGAUGGUGCUCGUGUUACAGGUGUGGGCUCACGGAGGGAGUGGGGUGCGCUGUGUAAGAUAACUAAAGAUGUGUUGUGCGUUGUUGCCCCGUCUUGAUCGACGUGCACUCAAGAAGCACUGGGGUGCGAAACGUCGGAAACUGCCGAACAACGCGCGGUGCACGAAGGCACGCCCUUAAACCACGUCGCGGAAGGUGUACAGCACAGCCGCGGAAACCCUACGAGAGAGAACAAAAAAAAAAUCAACAAUUGAUUUUGUGACCCUCAAUCUUGACGAUGAAUCCACUCGUGAACACUUUGUGCGUUGUACCAACGUAAUUGAAUUAUAUACGGAAGGGUUCCGGUUUUUAGCUCACGCGGUAAAGAAUCUUGGAUUUUAUCGAACCACAACUUCCUCCCGCAGAAGGAAAAAAAUACUCCAAAUGAAGUUGACCUAAUAUCCCAAGCGGUGUCGAAAAAUGCAUCUUAAAAAGAAAAAAAUCUACAAGAUUCCGUAAGGCUUUGCGGCAGGGAUACAUAUUCUAAAGUACAAUUAAUUCAAGUCUGUUUUAUUCAGUACUUGUUACGUCAAUGAAAUGUGACCGUAUACAUUGUAAAGAACUGAUUUUGUUAUUGGCUUAAGUGCCACCGCUUCCCUUACCCCCCCCCCCCCAUGAUAUUAACCACGGAGCAGCGGAGAGGCUGUGGUAGUCGCUUUUGGUGUUGAUUCAUUGUUGGUUCUGACUGUUUCGGCUCGGUCUCGAUCCAUGGUUGAAAUAACUUCGGCGGAAAAAAAGAAACCAGGUUCUCUUAAUUGAAUGCUUAUAAAAAUGCAGAUGAGCACAAACAAUAAAAAAAACAAUCUCCAAGGAGUUGUAAGUCAAAGUGUUGCUCGACGGCAUAAAAUAAUCAUACUCGCAUACAAUGUUAAAAGGCAGCUGAGACGGCUAUGGUAGACGUGUGACUCCUUGAUGUGGUUAGAUUUUCGCGACUACACUUUUACAUUUUUAAAGAGGACAAGCUGGGCUGGCGCAUGCCAGUUUCCGAGUCGAUCCACCUCUUUCGAGUUUUUAGAAAGUACAAACAACACGAUGCGAUUGUAAUUCUGGUCCUUCAUUGACUUGUCAGAGUACAUGCAACUCGAGCAUCGGGUCGUCGGAAUGGAAAUGCUUAUCAUUUAUAUCGGGUCCCGUUCGCACACCGCCGAAUACCUUCUGGGUCGUUGGUGAACUGGACGAGGCACGUGGCCAAGUAACCGAGGACAUGGUGGUGUGUCGGGUACGAAUAUAUGUGUUGGGAUCGCCGACCCCUGAGAGAUACAAAUGGUAAAAAAAAAACACAGAUUAGACCGGGGAACAAUGCCAGGUGAAUUUUACGACAUGUAACAGGGCGUUGCGAAUGGCUUUCCAGCUGUGCAAUGUUUCCACAUCCGGCUCACCAUACCCAUUAUACCUCGCGUUAUGUCCGUAUGCAUGUUUAACUUCUCUAGCGCGCACCGUACGUAACCAGCCGUGAUAAUGAUCGGACUCGCUGCCUCCGAGCCACGUGCCACUUACCGGACUGAAGCCGAAGUGAUGCACUCUGCAUUGUUCCCAUUCUCAGUGGAGAUUCCAAGAUGCGGUCACUUUUUGAUUGAAUCGGGUCUCUUUUUUUAAAGAGAAGUUUCACUCAUCUGAACUUUCAAGAGCAGUUCCACUCAUGCUGUGAAGCAGUGGAAAACACGAGAUCAACUUUGGACGAGUCGUAUAUAUGCGUUGUGCAAACAGCUUCGGACCUUUUUUUCCUUCUUAAAAUGAACUUUUAAGAAUAACGCGAAUGCUUUUAAAGUUAGAAACAGUGAGUCGUGGACCUGAAUAUUUGUGUCAUAAAACCGAAUUAUACAAUUUUGCAUUUAUAAAGCGUCAAAAUGCAACAUCUCAAAAUUGUAGCAUGCUUAAUUAAAAAAGCGUAAUUUGAGAGCACAUUUAGUAAAAAGUUAAAAUAAAACCAUCCACCUGCACGAGCUGAAACAAGAUUAAUUCGUGAUUUUUUUUUACAAUUCCUGGUUGACAUAUCUUCCCGUUUCCAGUCCAGUUUACCAUGUCUACCAGAGGUGUAACGAUACGUCUAUUAAUCGACCUCUAUCUAUUCUCGUGCUCAGGAUACACGCAUCGAAUCUCGUGCGCAAGAGUCACGAUGUGUGUCAUGGUGAUGGCUCCGUUUACCACAAUCGUAAACAAAAUUGUGACAAUUCAUCGAACCGCGCCCGGAAAGAGGGCUAGGCAGGUCUUUACGCCUCUCAUGUCUGCAUUAUGUACUGUUAUUGUGCCUGAUAAACCUAUGACUGAAUGCCAGUUUGCAUGUGGGACGAUGCUUGUUUGGCAUCAUAAGCUCUUGUGCUGACAGCGACUCCAGAGGACAUUUGUUUGAAAAAGCAGGGGGGUGGGAUCUCCGGCAAGUUUUCCGUUAUCGUCAGCAGAAAUGCAAAAAAAACCCCACACACAUAGGAGGAUUUAAAAAAAAAUGUAAUGGGAGUCAUCAGAAACGCGCCGUGGUCUGUUGUAUCGCGUCGAUUACAAGCAAAGUCCGUUUAUGUAUUUCCCGUCGGCUCGCACAACGAUUCGCCAGCGAGUGAAUGCGGCGGUGGUGUUGUGAGGCAGCGAAUUACAUUCUCUAACCGAGGCACAACUACACAGACAGUAAUAAUAUAAAGGGGCAAAUGCAGGAAUGUGAUUUGUAAACGGGCGAUGUUUUGUCCCAAGUGUUCUUUUUAUAUAGGCAUCACGAACAAUUUAUAGGUGAGCGUUAACUGAAAACAAAUAAUUAUCAAACUUUUUUUACUGACACAUCACAAUGGGAAGAUUAAUAUGCAGUUCACCGUCUUCUCUGCAAAUUGUGCUUUUGAUAGUUUAACGCAGUCUAACACAUAAUUGUUUAUUUAAAAAAAACUGAUAACGUAUGGGGAGUGGAAAUAUCCAUACAUUAUUUUGAAGCUACUUAGAGAAUACAUUCAAAUAGGUCGCUGUUUGGAAUGGCAAACCAUUACUGUUACAAUUGAGGAAAAUGAGUGAAACUAUAUUCAAAACAAAUCCUCAUAAAGCAACCUUUCUAAAUAUUGCUGUGUAUGAAAUAAUAAGUUACAGCCCUUUACCAAUCCACUUAUGGAUGAAGGCAUUCCCAUCCAGUGUUGGUGAUGAGGCUUGUUUGACCAUACUUCACCACUUUGGUCAGUGCUGGUUAGUCAUAGCACAUUGUGUCAGUCACUGUGCCAUUGGCUUCCUCAUAACUCUAUUCCGCUGUCUGAAUACCCCUCGAAACGGCUCGUACUCACCACCGUCAACAAGAUGUUGUUAUUAUUGUUUAGAACUUUGCCUCCGUGGAUUUAGAUCGCACCGGUGUCCAGCAAAAUUGUAACUUUGGUCGUCACUCUUUUAGGAAACAUUUUAACGCUUUAGAUUAAGGACCGUGAAUAAGUUUUAAUUUUAAUUUCUGGCUUGUGUAUUUUGUUGUUGUUGUUGUUGUCGUCGUUGCUUGGAUCCUACGCUGCUCAUGAGGAAUAAAACGACCGAGGUUGGGUUUUUUUCUCUUUCAUGUCUCUGUAAAAAACAAAAACAGACGAUGCUGGGAAUCCUGAUGCAAGAUACGGAAUUGUUAUUUUGUAAUUUUAUCUUUCAUUAGUUCUUUGAUCAACAGACUUUGCUUGAACGGGAUCCAUCGCCCAGUUGCGGGGUGUGGGGAUGCCUUUUUUGUGUCUCCCAACAUUUCAAUAAAAGCAAGAUGCUGUCCCAAAAAUAA